CCAAUGCUAAAAGACAUUUGGGCUUUUUACUUGCUUCAUCAACAGCAGAGAGAGAGCGUACUUUCCCCUUUUAUAAAAUCCUCUUCCAAAACCUCUAUUUUUCUCCUCACAAAAGCUUUCAACUCUGAAACAAGACUUGUUUUUUUUUUUUUUGCUUUGAAUUGUUAUUUUCCGGGGAAGAUGUCGGCGGAACUCGGAAAAUGCAGCAAAAUCCGCUACAUUGUGAGGCUCCGGCAAAUGCUGCUGCGGUGGAGGAACAAGGCUCGCAUGUCGGCCAGCCGCAUUCCGUCUGAUGUGCCGGCGGGACACGUGGCGGUCUGCGUGGGGAGGAGUUGCAGGAGAUUCGUGGUGCGGGUGACGUACCUGAACCAUCCAGUCUUUAGGAAAUUCCUUACCGAAGCAGAGGAAGAGUAUGGGUUUAGCAAGCAAGGCCCAUUGACGAUCCCCUGCGACGAGUCCGUUUUCGAAGAAGUGAUCCGGUUUAUUUCCCGUUCAGAGUCGGGUCACUCCGAUAGGUUCCUGAACAUCGAAGACUUUAAAGACAAGUGUCACUCGGGGAUCAGGAGUAAGCUCGAUACGUGGAUAGAAUCUCGACCGUUACUUCAUGGAAAAACAAUCUGUUAACCAAAGAAACAUUUGGAAAGAGAAAGGAAAGGUCUUUGAUUCUAACCCGGGGAGGCUAUUCUGAGUCAGUUCCGAAUUAAUUGUACAGGGUUAUAAUUUCUUUUCAAAAAUUAUUCGUGAUGGGUUAAAAUUGGUGAUACAAUGAGGUGAGGCAACGUACGAAUACCUGAGCAGAAUGCUGACUCGGUGAUGCUUGAUGGAGAUGGCAGAGAAGACAGGAGUUGGAAUCCGGGCAAAAGAAGGUCUAGGCUUCGAGACGAUGAAUUUCACUAGAAAGAGAAAAGCAAAUGUAGUAAUUUUAAGUCAUUGCUGUAAAUUCUGUGAUAUAUUGAAUGAUGGAGGAAAUGCCUAAUUUUGUAUUUACUAUAA